UUCUUUGAGCUCUCCUGGCCAAGCAGCCUGACUGCAUGGCAGUGAUUUCCCCCUGCGCUGUGACAACCCUCAAGGCUGCCUCUCAAAGCAGAGACCUUUUACCAGCAGCAGAUCUCUGGCUUUCUUUCUAGGGAGAAGACAGCAUCCCGCUGGACACAGAUGUGUCUGUUGGUUUAGUGAUUCCUCCUGUUUCCCCAGGGCAUGAAUCCUCACCUCCGGGUCAACGGGCCCAUGAACAUCAACCACUAUGCCACCAAGAAGAGCGUGGCAGAGAGCAUGCUGGACGUGGCACUCUUCAUGGCCAACGUCACCCAGCUCAAAGCUGUGCUGGAGCAGGGGACAUCCUUCCAGUACUAUGCCACCCUCAUCGUGCUCAUCAGCAUCUCCCUCUUCUUCCAGGUGAUGAUUGGGAUUCUCCUGAUCAUCACUGCUCGUUUGAACCUGAAUGAUAUUGCAAAGCAACCCCGCCUGAACAUACUCAACAACGCUGCCACAGCUCUCAUCUUCAUCACAGUCAUCCUCAACAUCUUCAUCACAGCCUUCGGGGUGCAGAAGACUGGCCUCUACCCUAGCAGGAAUUUUGGACCUUAUUAAUUCACGGGGCAAUGGACUCAGGACCUGAGCAGUGCAGCUCUCUUCCACGUUUCCACUGACCUCAGCAGGAGCCCAUGGAUGAAUCCUGAAAACUGGGUUAAACUUCAAAACUCUGUGUGUAUCACAGCAUACCUUGCUGUAAUGCUUUUGCAGCUCUGAGGGAUAGGAACAUUGCCUUUCCAAGCUAGAACAAACUUUGCAAGAGAAAACUGCAAGAACAGCAGCAGGUAUACAUUCUGAAAGUGCAGUUGUGUAAAUCUCUUUUCUUAUUUUAGCUGCCUGCUUCACAUUUUCAAUAUUAGCUCAUUUGGUAGAGAAGACUGAAUGAUUUACUUUGUAGGCUAAGUAAGUAAGUCCAGCUUUUUUUUUGUCUCAAACAUAAGUUGGUGCCCUUACAGCAAUUCUAUGUAAUAGUUUACCUCCCAAAUGUUGGAAUGGAUUUCUCAAGCUAAAAAAGUUCUCCUAGGAGGAUAGAAUGGUGUGUGUACAUGAAGAUAGCUAGGACCAGUUCAAAUGUUUUCCUAGUUGUUUAAAAUUAAAUGUGACAUAAUUAAGAAAACAAUCAGAUAUUUCCAGCACUGGGAUAUUAACAAGGACAGAAAAUAGUUAUUGUGGUCUGAUGUCAUCAUCAGCAACCUAUCAUGAAUGAUGUCAAAAUAGCUUGACAAUACUUAAUAGAAAAUGAAGAAACAUUAUACAUAAGGACAUAGACUAGGCUUAUUGCUGCAAUGAAAAAUUACAGUUGAAUAGCUAAUUACUUUAUGUAAAAAAUCACCAUUUUGAUUUAUUCUUUCACUAACAUAAAUGUUUUAAAAUGCAUUUGGUUUGCAAUGACAGCUCUGGUAAUUCUCUUGUAUUAGAACAAUUUGUUUCCUUGAGAAAAAAAUCAUUUGAAUUAAUGAGUUUCAAGAUUUUUAUGGAAGAGUAAAAAUUUUCAAUCCUAAAUUUUUAACUCUAUAGUCAUGCUAAAAAAUGGUAUUUUAAUAGCCUUAUGUAAGCCUAUUUAAAUAAUUACAUGCUCUUUUGAUUAUUAAAUGAUUUUUCCAUUGUA